GCGAUUGAAUAGCAACUUGGUACGCGCUGUAACGCGCGGGUGGCCAUGCAAAGCGAACUUGGCGAUGGCUGGUGGCCUCUUCGGCAAUCCUUUCGCCUCGCCUGAUGAGGACUCCGACCGGGAGGAGGAGAAGAAGGUGGACGAGCUCCUGGCGAGGAUGAAUGAGCUGAUGGCCAUGGUCUCUAGCGCCACCGGCGACCCAGAGGCAACCGCGGCGUCCAGGCGGCGCGCCUCGACACUUCGCAAACGCUCCUGGGAGAAGCGGAUGAUCCGAGGCCCCGUGGCGAGCGGCUCCAAAGAGGCGAGCGGCUCCGAGGAUUGGGACCCGGCCAUGGAGGAGGACGGCUUCGAGGCGGCCGAGGCCGGCGAAGGCUUGGGCCCCCGAGACUCGGGGGCCCCGGUGCGGCUCCUGAUGCGGGAGCUCCUGCAGCGCCGCUCCCAGGCGGAGGAAGUUGCAGAACUGGCGAAGCUGGUGUCUUUGCAGUGCAUGCAGCUGGAGGUCAAGGGCCGCAGGACGGAGGCGGCGGAGCGGCGGUGCCAGGCCAUGGAGCGCCGGGCGGUGACGGCGGAGCGCUACGCGGCGGCGCUGGAGAGGGAGCUGGCCUUGAGUUGCGGGUCGGUGCGGACGCUAGAGGUCGAGAAGAGGAGUUUGGAAGCCGACAAUGCCGCUCUCAAGGACCAACUGCACUCCAAAUCCAAGGAGGAGGGCGCGGAGCAGCUCCACAGCGAGGCCACGCGGCUGCUGGAGAAGCUGAGCCAAGCCCCCUCCCCGAGAGCGCGGGGCACAAAGGCUGAGGAGACCCCCGAAAAGCGGAAGAGCAACGGCCAGGGGAAGCUGAAAAGCGUUCGGUCCAGCAGUUGCGAAGGUGGAGUGCUGAACUCCUGGCCGCUCACGCCGGACCAGAAAGGACCGAGGCCGGCACGGCAUACCCUGGGCACGCCAAAGGCGCCGGGGUAUGGGGCAGCCUCUGUGCCAGUCCCUUGGCUGACCGGUAGCACGUGCCAGCUGCCGAAUGCCAUAGAGCUGAGCCCCAGGCGAAGGCCCUUUGCCAGUCAGCCGCCGCAGUUCUUCCGAAGGCCCUAGGAUGGUCACAGGGCUGUGGCAAUGAGGCCU